UUGUAGAUAUUUUUAGUGGACUCAAAGGUGAUUACUAAUAUAAGAAAACUAAUGUUGAACAAAGGAAUUCACAACACUUGUCAGGACAACUUAAUUAACAAAUCAAACUGUAACCCAAAUAAGAUCCUAGAAUGUCAGAGAAUGACCUUGAGUGAAGUCACGUACUUGCGAACGAUGUGUGUAGGGUUAAAGGCGCCUUUUACUGAUAUCAAACACUCCCCUUUUCCACUCAAGUCACUCUCCCCGCCUAUUCCAAGUAACCCAUAAAUAAUUACACAACAAGAGAUGUGGACGGCUCGAACGCCACGAGCACACUGAAGCCAACACGAGAUCGAGCGACGUCAUAUCCGUCACAGACUACUAUUUCCAACACUAAACGGCGAUAACAAUAUUUUACUUUUGGGGUAUAAAUAGCAAAGCUACGCAUGUUUUACAAAUAAAAGAUAGUUUAAAUUUGAUUUUCAUUUCUUAUUUUGUAUUCAGUUUUAUGAAAUAAUAAAAUCAAUGAAAAUUAAUUUUCUUUUUAAUUUAUUUUUUAUUUGUUUAAUGGUUCACAUUAAACAAAUAAAAAAUACAUAUUGCAAAUUUUCACAUACAUUGAAUGACCAUAAACCUGUUAUCUUAGUACACAUAUUACGAGUCACGUUUUAAGUCCGCGAUGGACUCCUAAACUACUUAACUAAUUUUAAUCUUUCACACCGUGUGCAGUUUCUUGCAACUUGAAAGAUAGGGUAGUAAUUGCAUACACCUAAGUCAAAGUUUGACCGGGUCCUCUAGCGUGUUAAUAACAUAUGCCAAACUAACGCAAAAAAAUCCAAGUGCGUAGGAUUUGACCUGUGGCCUUUGGUAUAAUGUUUUCUUGAUAAACACUUAACUACUUCAUUUCUUAUCAGCUGUAGUUUAGGUAAAUUAGUAAUUAAUACGUUCAUGACAACGAAAUACAUAAGACGAUUUUAAAAUCUAAGCUUGCAAUGGAUCGAUACAUCAGUGUAAAGGAUUUGGAGGAUGGUGCUUUAGAAUUAUUACCGAAGGCUGUUCGAGACUACUACAAGAGCGGCGCAACUGAGGAGUACACUUUAGCGGAAAAUAGACGUGCAUUUCAAAGAUUGAGAAUUAGGCCAAAAUGUAUGAUCGGUGUGUUAAAUUACAAUCUAUCUACAACAGUGCUAGGUGAAACUGUCACAAUGCCGGUGGGUAUAUCGCCAACUGCUAUGCAAAGAAUGGCACAUCCCGACGGGGAAGUUGCCAACGUUAAAGCUGCAGAGGCCGCUGGCGUCAUAUACACUCUGAGCACAAUCGCUACCAGCUCUAUUGAGGAAGUAGCAGAAGCCGCGCCGAACGCUAUAAAAUGGUUCCAACUUUAUAUUUCCUAUGACAGACAGAUAACAAAGGAAUUGGUAUUGAGGGCUGAAAAGGCUGGAUACAAAGCGCUCGCCCUUACCGUGGAUACACCUCUGUUUGGCAUACGAAGAGCCGAUAUCCGAAAUAAAUUUUCUCUACCGACGCAUUGGAGAUUGGCUAAUUUUGAUGAUCUUUCGUCGACCAAAAUACAUGAUGCAGGUGAGGGUAGUGGUUUAAAUAACUACACAGAUGGUUUAUUUGACAAAACAUUAACUUGGGAUGAAAUCAAGUGGUUAAAGAGUAUAACUAAACUGCCAAUAGUGGCGAAAGGAAUUCUACGUGGUGAUGACGCGGUAAAAGCCGUAGAGGCUGGCUGCGCUGGCAUUCUUGUCUCUAAUCAUGGAGCUAGACAACUGGACGGUGUACCAGCAACGAUCGAAGCCUUACCCGAAAUUGUAGACGCUGUCAAAAAUUACAAUGUCGAAGUGUUUAUGGACGGAGGUGUGACUACCGGGACAGAUGUGUACAAGGCCUUGGCUUUGGGAGCGAAAAUGGUUUUUGUUGGCCGUCCAGCUUUAUGGGGUUUAGCAGUCGGCGCUCAAGAAGGUGUUCAACAUAUGCUGCGUAUAUUCCGUAACGAGUUGGAAUGUACUUUGCAAAUUGCGGGUACUCCAACUGUUGCUGACAUAACCAAAGAUAUGGUGCGCCAUGAAUCUGCUUACAGUAGGCUGUAAUUCGUAGAUAUGUUGUUGGGGAUAUAUGUUUUAUAAAUAAUAGAUACAUAUCUAUAACUUUAUAUUUAUUGUUUGAUUAUAAGUUUUCUAUACAAAUUAUAAAGCACAUUUGGUGUCAUGCAUGCUUCCCGUGGCCAUACAGUUCUUGAUAUUUUCUGAAAUAUAAUCUGACAUUUAGUGUUAAAGCAAGAAUUAAAAUAAUGUUAUGUAACUUUCAAACAAGUAUAAAAUAUUAUGUCUGCAAAA